AUGCGUGCUUUAAUUGCCGAGCAACCUGACAUUUUCCCGUUACGUAAAACGCUCCAAGGAUUUAUCGAUAAACGCUUAGAAAAUAUUAAAAAGAAAGCACAUUUUUUAUAUCGCAAGAACCAAAAAGAAUUGCUUAAUUUAGAAACUCGGUGUUUUAUUGUCGAAAAUUACCAGGAAAUAGCUCAAAUAAUCCGUAAUAGUUCUUCUGAAGAACAAAGCAAGAAAGAAUUACUUGCUAGCGGGGCCGCCGAGCAGGAGAAGUAUCGGGAAUUAACUAAUUUGCUCCGACAAAUUGAUAAUUAUAAGGACGAAAAAAGUUAUCACCACAAAGAAAGAGAAAUAAAUGAACUUAAGGAGAAGGUAAGCAACCUCAAUUACGAAGAAUUAUCGGUAACACCUGCCGAACCAGAAAUUUUUCCUAACCCCGAACAAGAAGUUAUUGAUAGAAUCUUAGAUACUCCAGCCAGUUUCCGUCAAUUUACCCUGGAAAGACGAGAAAAACUGCAAAAGGAAAUUGCCGACCGUCAUCAAGAAAUUGCCGAAUUACAGUCAUUAAUUACUGACCAAGAAAGCAGGAAGCAAAAACUAAUUGCGGAGUUGCAAGAAUUACAAAAAGUUUAUGCUCACGACCUGCGUCGCACCCAAUUUAGUGACGAAAAACACAUUAUUGAAGAACGAGAGUUAAUUCCGCACGAAGAAAGAGUUGCUAUUCUCAGUCAAAAUGAAAAUAAAAAAGAUAAAUCAAUUAAUAUUUAUUUAAAUGUUUACGAUUUGGAGGCCAUAGAAGCCACUAAUAUGCCUAGCCAAGGGAAAGAAUUAAAAACCCGAGGGGAUAAUCUAAAUUUUGUUAAACUGUGUCGUCGUGAUGAUUUGUGA